AUGCUGCCCUCUCCCAGUCUCUCUAACACUCGCGACACAGGACAGAUGACGUCCAGAGGAAUUCAUAGACAUACACCUCCGCUCCUCACCUCGAAGUCGCUGGAGGGUUUGGAGAAAGUCAUUCCUCUACGAGGGUUCUCACCCAGCAAUCCAAGCUGCAGGAGUUGGAAGUUCGAUAAACCCUUACCAGACCUUCCACGCCCCACUUCUAGUGUCUAUAGCCCUGACGAUGAAGCCGCCGGGGUGAUUGAGAGCCAUUUACCCCCCUGUCCUCGGAAUACCUUGAUGCCUGAGCCGCCUCCGCGUGCGCCAUCAAGAGCUCACAGCCUGGGUUCGUCAGAGCACUACCACAAGGCGACCCGUGAACCUCCGGUGGAUGAGGAUGUACAUCUACGGAUACCGAAGAAGUCGUUAUCUCUCCAGCCCUGUGGGUAUCAGUCAGCGCCGAACCUACUUCUCGAGGCGGCCACUCGCGCGUCACUUAGGGCACCCACUGGCCCAUACCACCCACAUUACGGGUGGUCGUGGGGUCUGAAAUCGAAGUCUCGCUCCAACUCGACUCACGCACUGCACAGUGGUUCCACGACUGGCGAUCUAGUCCAUCCUAUUUCAAAUACAACUAUUGAGAGUGUCGGCCCAAUGCUACUAUUUCCCGCUUUAGACUAUCAUCGGUGUGGCAGGGACGAAAGCCGUGAGUCGUCGUUGGCAGUGGUGGAUGACAGUGGGUCAGAGAUGUGCCGCUGCGAAGUCCUUAGCGAGCCUGUGCGGCCUCGACGGUACUCAGAGGAAGCUGCCUCUGACAUUUACAUAGAACACCCGCGGAAAAUGGGACUGUCUUCUACCGGCCAGCUUCCCGCUACCAACGUUGCACGAGGCGCCACCAUCACAUCAGUGCCAGAAAUCGAAGUUCAACCCCAAUACGGAAAUCGUACAGAACUAUACUCUUUCUCCUCUGACAGCAGCGUAUCCGACCACAACUUGAAUAUUACCCCCACUCCCAAUAAUACCCCAACAGUCUCAACAUUUGAUCGCCGGAGAACCAAACAACUCGCUGUCCCGAUCUCCGACUACCAGCGCUACGGGCCGAAAGCGUGGAAAACGAAAAGUAACCGCAGGCCCAGUACCAUGUUCAAGCGUAAGAUGAUGAAACCAAAAGUCAAACGUCCUUCUCCUCAGCUCCCACCAUUGCCGCCGUCCCCCAUACCCCUACGGCAAUACUAUCAGCAAAGCCACCGUUACUCCCAGCCUCAAUCGCAAUCACAAGGCCAAUCCCAAUUUUUCUCGAGCCCCUUAACCCUUCUCCCCCGCCGUAUGAAAACAUUUCUUUCCAAAGCCUUUCAUGUCCGAAAUAACAGCACGCCUGUUAGACCCUUACGACCUCCUCGACCUCCAUCCCCUUCGCCGAUGAGGUAUUUCCUACCUCUUCUCCCGCCUCCGCCGCCCCCGCCUACAAAGGAACGGGAGGAUGAACAACAACAGCAACUGGAUAAACAACAGCUGGAGCAGGAGCAGCAACAGCAAGGUCAGCAGGAGAAAGAACGGGAGAGUCGACGGAGUCUGCGGGGCGGAAGCUUGUUUCGAAGGAGUAUGGCAAUGACGAGGGAACGGUUGGGAUUAGGGCUAUCAAGUCCAGACAUGCGGAAGAUGGCAUUGAAGGAUCGAAUCGUGAUUGUUGGGCCUACUGAUCCGGCUGUAAUGGCUGAUGAGAGGGCGGGUGAGUGGGUCUGA